AUUAGAAAACAACACUAAACAAGCGUGUGUCAUUUAUGUAACCUCAUUGAUAAUGUUUCACAUAAACUGAAACAGACACAAAAACGCAACCUUUUCAUUACAAAACCGAGGCGCUUUUCGUCUCCAAAGCCUGUCUCCAGAAGCAUGUCCUCAGACAUGCAGCCUCGGUGCGAUGAAGCGGACCAAAAGACGCCACCAGCUUGACGGAAUGACAGCAGUGGCCAUGGCUAUUAACCAUGAAGCUGGAGCCAGACCCGCCCAUCGCUUCCUUCUGUCAAAUAGAGCCUCUCUGGUGCUACAUUGAACACACACUCUCCGAGUAUGCCAUCCAAGUGCGAGAAAGCCCAACGGACUGCUUAACACCCGCUGUUCCAUCUGAGUAGGAGGUGGCAACAAAAGACCAAAUGCCAUGGAUGUAUUCAAUCUCACCUACUGGAAUGCCUCUGAAGGCAAUGACACAGAAGUUGUGGAAGAGCGCGAAAGCGCCUACAAGACUGUGGAGGUGGUGUUCAUCGUGUUGGUGGCCGGUUCUCUCAGUUUGGUUACAGUUAUUGGAAAUAUCCUGGUCAUGCUUUCCAUCAAAGUUAAUAGGAACUUACAGACUGUCAACAACUAUUUUUUAUUCAGCCUUGCAUGUGCUGACCUAAUUAUUGGACUGUGCUCUAUGAACUUGUACACAGUCUACAUUGUAAUGGGCUACUGGCCCCUGGGUCCAGUGGUGUGUGACUUGUGGUUAGCCUUGGACUAUGUUGUCAGCAAUGCGUCUGUCAUGAAUCUUCUCAUCAUAAGCUUUGACAGAUAUUUCUGUGUCACCAAGCCCCUCAGCUACCCUGUCAAAAGGACCACCAAGAUGGCUGGAAUGAUGAUUGCAGCGGCAUGGGUUCUGUCUUUUAUCCUGUGGGCACCAGCUAUUCUCUUCUGGCAGUUCAUUGUUGGUGGGCGGACAGUGCCUGAGAGGGAGUGCUACAUCCAGUUCUUCUCCAAUGCCGCAGUCACUUUUGGCACCGCCAUCGCCGCCUUUUAUCUGCCUGUCAUCAUCAUGAUUCAGCUCUACUGGCAGAUCUCCAGAGCGAGCAAGAGCCGUGUGAAGAAGGAUGUCCGCAAGCCAUCAGCCAAUCCAGAGCCCCUGUCGCCUGGUCAGAGGAGGACUAACACACCAAAACCCAACAAUAACAACGUACCAGUGGAGGAUACAGGUUGCUCCCAGAGCCAGAAUGCUAAGGAUGGAGCUAACCAACAUGAUGGAAAACUGCAAAAUGGCAAGGGACCUUCCUCGACAACUGCUGAUGGAGAAGCCGAAGGUGACGAUGUGGCAAGGGAGAACUGCGCUCCUGGAGAGGAGAAGGAUAGCUCCAAUGAUUCAACAUCUGGCAGUGUGGCUGCGUCCAAUCAGAAGGAGGAGGAGGCGGCACCCUCUGCCGCUAACUCCAGUGCUGAGACGAGCCAGCCACUCCCGCGUCAGCGAGCCAAGGCAGGGGGCUCCAAGCUGACCUGCAUCAAGAUCAAGACUAAAUCACCCAAGGGUGAUUGCUAUACACCAACCAACGCCACCGUUGAGAUCGUCCCGGCCUCAGAGCGGCAGAAUCACGUGGCACGGAAGAUUGUGAAGAUGACAAAGCAACCUCCUAAGAAGAAGAAAGGGCCGCCAUCAAGGGAAAAGAAAGUGACGCGCACCAUAAUGGCGAUCCUGGUAGCUUUUGUUGCCACCUGGACUCCUUAUAAUGUGAUGGUGCUUAUUAACACCUUCUGCUCCAGCUGCAUCCCCAACACAAUGUGGACUAUUGGAUACUGGCUGUGCUACAUCAACAGCACCAUCAACCCAGCCUGCUACGCUCUGUGCAAUGUCACAUUUAAAAAGACAUUCAAGCAUCUUCUCCUCUGCCAAUAUAAAAAUAUUAGGUCAGCCAGAUAAAUAUGGGCCACUUAGGAGGAAGAGUUGAAGUAUGGGUUGCCUGUGUGUGUGUGUGUGUGUGUGCCAUCCAUGUGUGCUUGUGUAUGUAUGUCUGUGAAAGAGGUUUGUGAGCAUGAUAAAGUCUGCAAGAGUACGUUUGAAAUUAAUUUCCAUCAUUUUAUCCUUUUUGUUUUCCAAUUUCUCUCUCAAAAACCGGUUGUAGCACUUUACACAAGUUCAACUGAUGCUACUUGUGUUGAGAUGUGUUGUGCAGAAGCAGCAUAGAUUAGGAAGGUUGUGAUAAAUUCCAUUUUACCCAAAAGUUGUUUGUAAAAUGAGGGUUUGUAAAGCAGGGAGCACUUGGGAGCGACAGUGAGCUGAUAAAAAAUGAUAAAAGAUAAAGAGCAGAGGAAGAUCUGCGCUGUAAGAAAACACAAGACUUCAAAUGGGAAAAUAGGGCUGAUUGAAUUUACAAACCUAAGAAGUUUGAAGUUCAGUAGAGAUACAUGUAGAUAACUGUACAUAUCAGAGUAUACUCAAUAUUUACGUGCACAUGUGGGUGUGUGCUGGCUCGAGGAGUGUGUGUACACCCAUGUGUGCCCCUCUGCCUGCCUUCUUUCUGUCUGUCUGUGAUUCUCAUCAUGGCACUUCCAGCCAGUAACAUGUAGAAUAAAUUGGGGCAGCUUGCGUAGAUUGCCUCUUAUGUGGUCACAUCAGGGCUGGAAGCUCUUCCAUCUACCAAUCAGCCCCUGUGGGAAUGAGUUGCCAUUAAUACAUAAUAGAUAUAUAAAUAUAUUAAAGCUGCACAUCAGCCAAAUUACAAAAAUAACUAGCAUUUCCUAACUUACCUUUACUGGUGGUGUUUAACCAUUCGGUUGCUAUUAUUGGCAAAAUAUUAUAAAUUAUACAUUUCUGCCUCCACCUUAAUACAUGAAUGCAAUUUUGUCUUUUCCUCACAACAUUGAAAAAUGACAUUAAGAAAAUUCAACAGCAGCAUGUCUUUCCAGACACAGUACUGAUAACACGUUUUCAUUAGAACUACUACUAAGUCUCUCUCACUUAAAGAAAAUAUUGUUUUCUUUACAGGAUUUUGACCCAUUUUGUGCCAUAAUAUAGAAACAUAUUUAUCCAAUUAGAUGGAGUCACUACCGCUAGUAGUUUGGAUCCUACUAGAGAAUUAACCACCUCUUUGAUUAGAAGGAACAGUUUGAAGCUUAUUCGCUGUCUUGGUACGGGAACAAGUUAGCUUAGCUUAGCAUAAACACAGGGAGCAGGGGGAGACGGAUAGCCUGACUUUGUCCAAAGGUUAAAAACAAAUCCGGCUCACAACCAACACAUUAUAUCUCGUUUGUUUUAUGUGUAAUUGCAAAAUGACAAGUUGUGGUUUUAUAUGGUGUAUCUGUGGGACUAUUUCUUUUUUUGGUAGGGAUUAAAAAUGUUUGUCGUCUUGUCGUCACCGUGAGGAAAUCACUACACCCGUCCAAGAAAUAGUCCCUCACGUAACCUCCCCGUAAAGCUAACACUUGUCGUUUUCACAUUUUGGAUUACAACCUGUCAUGGAUCAUAACAGACAAUAACCAAAUAGCUGUUAAAACAAUAAACAACAAGAGUUACGACUAAAUAGAAGGAAAGAAAUGUGGCAUGAGAUUGUUCAGUCGCACUCGUUCAUUACAUAUCACGUCAGCUUUACUACCGCGGAGAGGAUUGAUUAUAUGGUGGUUAUUAAGAUGCCUAUGUUUGCUGUCACUGGUAGGAACCUUCCUACUCUGUGAGGGAAACAGGUGGCUGGAGCUCAGAGCUUAUUACUGUCUGUGGGAAGGCAUUGUAUGGUGUGUUUUUGCGUGUGUGUGUGUGUAUGAGUGGGAGACAUCAUAUGAUUCUGCUGAUUAGUAGAUUGAUGUCACAGCGUGUAUUUGUACUCACUGUACUGAUGAGGAUUGUGAAGGUCUUGGAGUGUGUGUGUGGGUAUACAUGCUGAUGUGUGUUUGCUCCAAGAGUGGAGUUUCUGAUCACGGGUUGCGACCUUGUGAUUUUUAAAUAAGGGCUAUUUCCGCGUCUUUACUGUACAUGUCUUGUAACCCAUCUCCUUUUCUUAUUUUGAAAAUUAACAAGCGAGUUAAUUAUUUCUAUGUAAAUCAUUUUAUUCUUGGAUUGAAAGUAAUAAAUAGUUGUCUUAUUUUAAUUGGAAAAUAAAUUAGAAAAUAUCAAUUUACUGUAAGACAUGUUCUGUGUAUCCAUGCAUGUCAUCCAUCAUUUCAACCUAUUAGCCAAUUCUCGGUUACAUUAUUGUAUGCUCACCAAGUUAGAGUGAUGAAUAUUCAGGAGCGUUUGCCAUCAGGAGGUUGCCACAGUGGCUGGUAGGGGGGCUUUACAAAGAAUUACGCCCGCACCGAAUAGCUCCUUAAGGCUGUCUCCUUAAACAGAGAUCUGGGACAGAUCCUAUACUGAAAACUCACCAUGAGGCUGAUCAGAUUAUAGGAUGUGCAACACCUACAUUUGAGAUUAAAGAUUGCCCAUUACACGCUGAGCUUGUGUUUGCAUGCUAUGCGCCCAUGCCCCACUUAGUGCUCCACUAAAUCCCGAUCCAGUUAUAGUCUCUAACUCAUAUAUGAGGUCAUGAAUGUAAAUAUCACAUAUAUUCAUUAGCUUGCGCUAUAAUUGUAUUUAUCUUUCUCCUGCUCUCAUUCCAGCCUUCCGCUCUGCUGUUUAAGCUCCUAUAGGCAGAACCAGUUAAACAUACUUGCACAUGCAUUCAAAUGUUGUAUUUGCAGUCACAGAAAUAUAUCACAAUUUUGCGUUAAGCUAGCACACUGACAUUUACAUUUAUUUUCUGGCAAAUUGCAAAUGCUAUGUUAAAAUACCAGCCAGGCGCACACUCUGGAUGCAGCUCCAGCAUGUCGCUGUACAUCAGUGGUGGAAGAAGUAUCCUUUACUCAAUUUAAACUUGCAAUACCACAAUGUAAAAAUACCGAAUUACAAGUAAAAGUCCUGCUUUCAAAAUUGUAUUUAAAGGGGCACUCAACUGAUUUGAAAUGUCAAGUCAAUUUACUAGUCACUGGUGUUGUUCUUUAUAACAUGUAACUAUGUUACGUGCAUGUGACAUAGGAAGGAGUCAAAUCUGAAUGGCUUGUUGAAUCCCAUGUGUUCUGAUCCAGGUCGCCUAAAAAAGCAGUUUUAUGUCACAGUUGGUGCGUCAGUAAGCACUCCACCUAAAUAGUUGUGCACAGGAACUGUCCCCUUUUUUAAUAUAUACAAUUCUGACUGGCCCACUAAAGUAAACACUUGUAAUAUUUGAGUAAAUGCACUUUCCACCACUCCUGCCCAUGUUCAUGGACGGUCCAUGUUUAUCUAUCUGAGCAGUUUACGCAGUAACUGAGGCGUUCAUCCAAGUUCCACAUCCAACCAUCCGUCACGGUGAUAAGUGGAGCCAUGUCUGUCUGACAUCCGUCACACAUCUCGGUAGUGGGUAGAGAGCCUUUCAGAAUAUCUGAUUAAUCUUUGCUAAGCUGUCAUUUGAGUGAUACCAGCAGGAGAGUAAGUGGCUCACAGCUCAAGCGGUGGUCCAGGGGUCCCAGUUUGAGCAGCUGCUUGGGUGUUUGAUGGAAGGUGAUGGCAGUUUAUCACCUCCUGGAGCGGGGGAGAUGCAUCUAAAAAAAAACAAAAGAGCUUUCUGUGGUUAUCUCCACGGCAUGCACUUUAAACGUCAGGAGCAAAGUUCUCAUAAACUGCUUCGCUCCCCCUGCGCUUGUUGCCAAUUUGGUGGACAGAUGAGAACAAAAAGACGUUCUUGUAUCAGGCGUUGUCGGGGGGGGGGGGGAAGUGGAUGAUGUGAGAGAAUGUGGGCUUAUGAUAGAACGAGAAAGCGCUGUUUGUUGACAGCGAACGAGAACGGCUGUCAUGCGUGUGAAGGAGAUAGCCCCCGAGGUGUACACUUUGUACGUAUGAAACAGAUAAGCUUGCCUUUGUAGUCAUGGCUACUAGGAGGGAGGGGGUAAGAGAGAAGAAGAAAGGCGGGUGAGGGGAGACGGAGGGGGGGGUUUGUCAGUGACAAAAUCCAAAGCAAGAGAAUGCACCAUAUUUGGAGAAGUCACAGCCGUUCUGUGCAGGUCAGCCAAAGGUUUUUGCUGCAGGAAUUUCAGUGUCCCAGACGAAACCUGCCGCCUGGUGUAAACACGGCGUGAUCCGGCGCUGUUUACCGUCCCGACCGGCGCUUUCAUUGCGUCUCAUUCUCAUGUUGUGCAAACAGAAUCCACCGUCUCUUGCUUUGUGUUUCUGAUGAUGAAUAACCUUCCUAGUCCAAAUGCAUAGAUGCUCAAAUACAGAACAUAUACUCUGAUGUUCAUCUGUCUGACAUGACUGGAAUCAACAUUGUCUCCAUUGUAAUCAACUGAUCAUAAUGUGCCGUCAGAGCUAGCUGGGCUCCUCUUCACACGGCUUAUGUCAAAGGGCUAGACUCCUUUUACGGAGUACAUAUGACAUGUAACGUUUAUCAGAGACGACUUCAAAUUUAAGUUUUCUCUGCGGUUCUCUCUUGGGGCUGUUGCUGAGAAUAAUCUCGGCAAUCUUGUGCAGCCAUGAAAAUGCAGCAGCUUGUGCGUGCUGUGAGAAUUCCAAUCGGAGACAGAAAUAUAUAUCGCCAGAUUGUACGGAGCAAUUGAAAGUGCCUUAUCCAGAGUACCAUAAACAAAUUGCUCUUUUAUCCUGAAAUCCCCGUUGUAUCUUCUUUUGUCUGUGCUGAGUGUUGUCGAUGGUGGGAUGCACAUAAAGAGUGUGUUCAGCCUUUUCAAAUGAACUUCUUGGUGAAAGAUAUUGUGUUUCUCAGCUCUGAGCUCCCAUUUACCAUCCACCGUAACAGCCAUUGUUUGAUUGCAGAGGCGACGAAGGAUUGGACUGAACAAUCUAAAAUCAUCAUCUCAAUGCCUUUUGAAAUAAUUGAUCAACAACUGUACAGUAUACAGUCACAGCAGUGACGUGUUUCAAUGCCAUCCUGGAGGCACAGCGGGCUAUUUUGGUUGAUUUUUCAUCCUGUGUGUGUGUGUGUGUGUGUGUGUGUGUGUGUGUGUGUGUGUGUGUGCGUGUGUGCAUUCACAUUUAUCAUAUGGGAAAUUGUGCUUUCCGGUGUGUGUCUACCUUUAAACUGAGAACAUUGUUGUCAUUUGCGUGUAUGUGUGUGUGUGUGUGUGUGUGUGUGUGUGUGUGCAUGCUGCUUGCUGUGCGGUGUUUUAUUUGUUCUAAAUGGCAUCCUCAGCAUGAAGACAUCAGAUCGGACAAAAUAUCAUAGCACACAUCAGGGAAGAUGCACACGGUGUGAUUGUCUAUGUCUCUGUCAUCACUCUUUUCUCUUUAAACAAGUCUUUCAAUAGCAACAGGUCCAAAGACUCACUUAGACACAGCUUUGCGUGUACUGGAAUACAUAUAAAUACAUUCUAUUGUACAUUUUACACACAUUUAGUAAAAACCUGUUUCUUUUAUCACUGUACAAAGUACAAAUGUAAUAUUACAAAUUAAAAUAUGAUCAGUGUACAGACAGAGAGGUUGUUGUUUUUUUUGGUUUGAAAUUAAAAAUGUUAUUUAAAAUGAUAAAGGAAUAUUAUGAGGAAGUGUGUGAAGGGAAUAUUAUUGUAAGAGCAGGAGGUAUAACUAUAUGUGUAUUUCUGGGGGGCAUGAUUUGCUAGGGAAUGGAUUCUUGCCUUGCAAAAUGAGCGACUGGAUCCAAACCUUUCAACUUUGGAGAUUUCAAAAAUGACUUUUGCGGCCAGAAAUGGGGGGGAAAAAAAGAGCAAACCUGGAAACCCGAAGGAGGACAAAAGCUAAAAGUAGUUUCCAGUGACCAGACGGCCCAGAGGCAAGGGCUUCAUUUUGAUUCCACCUGUAAGUUUAAGAGGCCUCACACCCACCUUGAGAAGAAGCUGGUCGUCUGCCAUCUUACUGGACACACUUUCUAACUUUUCCAAUUUCAACAUCCCGGGGGAAAAGGUUUUUUUUUUUUUUUUUUUUUUUUUUUUGGUGGAGCAACCAAAGUGUUGAGGGUUGAGUUGUUUGACCCCAUGUGAACUUCUAGGGUCACGAUUAACUUGUGGAUUUAAAAGAAAUAAGACAAAAAAAAAAAGAAAAAUCAGUAGCCUGCUGCAAGUGUUAAAUGUACAUACAAGUGUUCAUUUUUCAUUUGCUUAUGUAUGUAGAUGUUCAUUGUGUAUUCACUCACUGUGGCUUGUGGCUUCUCUUGCAAUAGGAAUUUUACAGUCUAUUGUUUGCAUUGUAUAUAUCUAUAUGAUAAUAAAUUAAAUGUAAUUCAGAUGCGGUACAUUUGAAAUGUACGUACACGUCUUUAAUAGCUACUAUCUGAAUGUUUCCUCUACCCAAGAAUCCCUGAUUUAUGCUCCUCCCCCCUCCCCACUAUGAUACUUCCUGUACAGUAACAAUGGUAUUGAUUUACUUUUUUGAUGCAUUCUUGAUUGAUUAUUUGUUCUGGUGUUAUUAUCACUGGCCACCUAUGAACACCGUAAGAUAAAACUGCAUUAAGUGGUAACAUUGUGCCAUAUUCUCUCAGAAUGAAAUUCAAAUAAAGAUAUAUGAAAUGUGUUUUCAAAAUGUUAGUUUUUGAAUGUGAGAAAGACAAACAUCUUUUCUACCUCUUUUAUUUUUUUAUUCGUUUUUUAUUUUUGGAAACAGGAAACAAAGGGAAAGUUAACUCCAACUGAGGACUACAAGAGUAAAUGUUUUAUAGCCAAGAGCUGGAGAGUAAAAAUCAUUGGGUAUAAAUUGAGGUACAACAGAGCAGCAGGAGGAAAACACACUAAAAACAGUAGUAGUUUGCACACUUGAUGCUAUUUCAUG